AUGUCGAACGAGGAGCGGACUUUCAUUGCCAUCAAGCCAGAUGGAGUUCAGAGGAGGCUUGUUGGAGAAAUCAUCAAGAGAUUUGAGCUAAAGGGCUUCAAAAUGGUGGGGAUGAAAUUCAUCCAGGCCCCGGAGUCUCUGCUGAGGGAGCACUACGCUGACCUGGAGGACAGACCUUUCUUCCCAGGCCUUGUCAGCUACAUGACCUCAGGACCAGUGGUGGCCAUGGUGUGGGAAGGGUUCAACAUGGUGAAGACCGGCAGAGUAAUGCUGGGAGAGACCAACCCUGCGGACUCCAAACCCGGCACCAUCCGAGGGGACUACUGCAUCCAAGUGGGCAGGAACAUCAUCCAUGGCAGUGACUCCAUAGAGAGUGCCAACACAGAGAUCAACCUGUGGUUCAAACCUGAGGAGCUUUGCAGCUACACUAGCUGCUCUACCAGCUGGCUCUACUGA